AUGGCGCCCACAGCUAUCACUCCUGAUUUUUCAACGUAUCCAGAUCUCAAGAUUGUACCGCCAUCUGCCCCAGACCAGGACUCAGACAGCCUCCCGUCAGAGUUUGAAGAACCUAACCCAAUCGCCCCCCUCCGCGCCGCCCUUGUCUCUGAAGCUACACCUCUUGCUGUUCGAUUCCGAGCUCUUUUUUCCCUGAAGCAUCACGCUUCCAAGCAUCCUCCGACCCUCUACACUCUUCCCGCCAUCCAUGCUAUUGCCGCCGCUUUGCCAUCGCCCUCCGCUUUGCUAAAGCAUGAACUUGCCUACUGCCUGGGGCAAACUGGCAAUCUAGCUGCCGUACCAUUUCUAAGGACGGUCUUGGAGGACAGAUUGGAGGAUGCCAUGUGUAGGCAUGAGGCAGCUGAGGCUCUUGGGGCAUUAGGGGAUUGGGAGUCGCUGGGCCUGUUGAGGGGUUUGAGAGAUGAGGCAGGAGAGGCUGAAGUCGUAAGAGAAACUUGUGAGAUUGCGGUGGGAAGGAUUGAGUGGGAUCACAGUGCCAAGAAAAAAUCAGAGCGAUUACGAACCAGCGAUUUCACAUCUAUAGAUCCUGCGCCACCGCUCGCCCAAGGGACCAGCCAACAUACAAUCGAAGAGCUUCAGAGACAGCUUCUGGAUACGAGCUUCCCACUCUUUGGCCGCUACAGGGCGAUGUUCGCCCUCCGCGACCUUUCAUCCCCACCUGAUCUUUCCACGGCCGUCCCAGCCGUGAAAGCUCUAGCAUCAGGAUUCUCUGAUCCCUCAGCGCUCUUUCGGCACGAAAUUGCUUUUGUUUUUGGUCAACUCUCCCAUCCGGCAUCAAUACCAAGUCUUGUAGCCACCUUGAGCAACAGCAAGGAAGAGAGUAUGGUGCGGCACGAGGCUGCUGAGGCGCUUGGAAGCCUCGGAGACGAGGAAGGCGUCGAGGAUAUCCUGCGCGGAUUUCUGAAUGAUCCAGAACAGGUUGUAAGAGAGAGUGUUGUUGUCGCAUUAGAUAUGGCGGAGUUUGAGAAGAAUGGUGAGAGGGAGUAUGCUGUUCUCCCAGAAGAGCUAUGA